AUGGGCAAGAAGCGUGUUCUUGUCGGCUAUGGCGUUGAUAUCGACGCAGUCGCUGGUUGGUUGGGGUCGUAUGGUGGGGAGGAUUCUACAAGUGAUAUGAGUCGAGGCCUCUUCGCUGGUACUCUUGGUACGCGCCGCCUUCUCAAGCUAUUCGAAAAGUAUAAUAUCAAAACCUCCUGGUUCAUCCCCGGCCACAGCCUAGAAACCUUCCCGGAAGAAUGCGCCAUGGUUCGCGAUGCGGGCCAUGAAAUUGGUCUGCAUGGUUACAGCCACGAGAACCCAUCUUCCAUGACGCUGCAGCAACAAAAAGACAUCCUGGAUAAGACGUACCGAAUGCUGACUGAGUUCUGUGGUGGAAAACCACCUAGAGGCAGUGUGGCACCCUGGUGGGAAGUCAGCCGCGAAGCUACGGAGCUAUAUUUGAGCUAUGGUAUCGAAUACGACCACAGCAUGAAUCACCAUGAUUGUCAGGCAUAUUACCUCCGGGCUGGGGAUGAAUGGACGAAGAUCGAUUACGAUAAACCUGCCGAGACGUGGAUGAAGCCGCUGAAACAUGGCCAACCGACAGGUAUGGUGGAAAUACCAGGCAACUGGUAUCUGGAUGAUCUGCCUCCGAUGAUGUUUAUCAAGAAGGCGCCGAACAGUCACGGUUUUGUGAAUGCAAGAGAUGUGGAGGAUAUUUGGGGAGAUCAUUUUGAUUACUUUUACAGGGAGUAUGACGAGUUCAUCUUUCCGAUGACGAUCCAUCCAGAUGUGAGCGGGAGGCCACAUGUGUUGUUGAUGCACGAACGGCUGAUUGAACAUAUAAGUGGGCACGAGGGAGUAGAAUGGGUCACCAUGGAGAAGAUGGUGGAUGAGUUCAAGAAAAAGAACCGGCCGGCCGAGGGGGCGUUGAUGCCUGAGAAACAAGGGGAGGUGCUGAAGAGACUGGGACUCAACUCGAAGUCAUAA